UCCGACGUCUAAACCAAAGUCAGACGAAAGAGGGACAAACCAGAGAUACCAUUACUCAAAUCCAAGAUCCUGCACAGAAGAAAGGUGCGCUAAGAUUAAUGAUAAAAGGAUUAUUAUUGAUAACAAUGAUUUCGAUGAUGGUAACGCGAAGCAUGGCGAAGAAAAAUUGCAAAUGGGUAUCUGGAAUGCCGCUUAACGUGCCUGAAAAAUGGAACUGCAGGGAAAUCACAACUCAAAAUGCCACAACAAUAACUGCCACAGUGUACACCCGAACACACAUACGAAUACCGACUAUAAAAUGUAGCAAUAUCACUCGGACAAUAUGCGCUAAAGCAUUCCUCAGAUGGUCAUUGUCAGUAGUUUCCGAUCAAACAAUUACCCCCGCAACUACACGAGUUUUGCAAAGCCUUGAACGCGACAAAAAAGUGCGUCUGGACUAUUUGGGUCCCACCUCUGUCGAAACUGAAAUGGGACUGUCAAAACGAUGGGUCGCCCUAUUCACUUGCUUCACUACCAGAGCCGUGCAUUUGGAAAUGGCAGAUAAUUUAUCCGCCGAAAGCUUCCUAAAUGUGCUCAGAAGAUUCGUAGCCCGGCGCGGUUAUCCGGAAUUGAUUCUAAGCGACAACGCCAGUCAGUUCCAACUGGUCUUCAAAACUAUAAUGAACCAGGAAAAGGAUGCCAUAGAAUUCAUUGUAAAAGGAGAAAUGAAGUGGAAAAACAUUAUUCCGAAGGCUCCUUAG